AUGUGCCAUCAAUGGCCGGGUCCUGCAACGGAGAACAUGAUCCCAAUCCAACCCAUGCGACAGCUCGCCGAUGCCGCAAACACGCAUGACGACUGGACAGGCGUCACUUCAGCCACGGAACGAAGAAAACGGCAGAACAGACUGAACUCACGGGCGUUUCGACGGCGCAGAGCACACGAGCAAACGCGGUCUCAAGCACGGUCUCUCAAGGCACGGUCUCCUCCUGGCCAGCCCCGUACACGCACACGCACCGCACAUACCAAGGACAAAGAGCCCGAGGCCCUCCUCCUGCUCCUUCUCCCAUGCUGGUCCGAGCCAGCCCAGUCGGUCAUUUGGGUGCCGACGUCCAAGAUCCCAAGCCGGCUGAGAGACGUUCGUAAUCCACUACUGACGUAUACUAAGACGAGGCCCGUCAGUCUCGAUACCGUCGCCGUCCCGCUCUGUCCGGACUAUUUGAUCGUGCUUCUGGAAUAUAACGUCCUUCGCGCCUGUCUGGUCAAUCGGGACUAUAUCUUGCGCUUGCUGGCACACUCGCAUCCGCACGCAGAGAGUGAAGAAUGGUCCCCCACAACCGUGGCUCACCUCCCCGAGAUUGAUGUCUUGGAUUUAUAUCGAUUGCUCCCGCCGUCAUUACAUCCCACGCGGUUGCAGACGACCGUCCGGCAUGCCGGGUGA